AUGCCGUCGGAGGAGCGCCGGAUUCAGCGCCUGCUAACCGCCGCCCGCACCGCGGCGGCGCAUGGCGACCGACAGGAGGCCCGCGACCUGUACUGUCGCGCCGGCCACUGGCUCUACCUGGACCGGGAGUGGCAGGCCGCCGGCGCCGCCUACCAGGAGGCCGCCCGCCUGGCGCCGCGUAAACGGGGCAGUGACAGCGGGCUCCUGCAGGGCGCCAGUAGCUGCUUCCUCAAGGCGGGCAACCACCGCGACGCAGUACACUGUCUGCAGGCGGCGGCCACGCAUCUCAUCGACGCCGGGGACUUCAACACGGCCGCCGGGCACUAUAUCUCCAUGGGCCAGCUGGUGGCGGCCGGGGACCUCGACCGCGGGAUGUUCUACUUUGAACAAGCGGCACGCCUGUACGAGGCCACCAGCAAAUCGUUCAAAAGCGACAACGCGGAGAAGGCGUGGCUCACCGUUGGCGAGUUGGCGGCGCGGCAGAGCGACUACCAGCGCGCCAUCACCAUCUUCGAGGGCGUGGCCCAGGCCAACCUCCGCGACGCGACCGUCCACGAGAUCCAGGACCGUUACACCUUCGCCACCGACUACUUCCGGGCCCACACCUGGCUGGACCCGGAGAAGGCCAGCGCGGCGUACUUCCGCGCGGUGCUGUGCUAUCUGUGCCGCGACGGACCGCUGGCCGCCAAGAUGGCCGUGGUGCGCUGCGAGGACCGACACCCGGGAUUCGCCAGUAGUGCUUUGCGCGGUAUCAUCAGCCAGGCGAUGGGCGGCGCGGAGAACGCCUUCACGGUGGAGAGCCUCGAGAAGGUGUUGAAGACGGACGCCGCGAACUCGAAGAAGGGAUACGGCACCGCUUACCACCACGGCGGCGGCCACAUGGCCUACCUGAGCCUGACCCAGUGGAGCCGGGGGAUGUUGGGUCCUGCGCUGGAGCAGCUUCAUGAUGCUGAAAACGGACAAACGCGCAAAGCAAACGAAUAA